AAUAACGUAUUGUAUUGUAAAACAAUUGAUUUACCACUGUUUGGAAUCGUUUGCUCAAAAAGGUGAACAUUUACUGAUUAUUUUUAUCAAUGAGAAUGAUGAACCAAAUUGCGAAAGGCAACAAAGCGAUUACUUAAUGGGGACACUAAAGAUACAGUAUUUACACUGGUUUAAUCUUCACUACAGUGUCAAUUAUUAGCGCAGAAAAAUUUAUAUAUUAAUUGCAAUAAACAAUGGAAGAUAACCUUCACUUACCUCUACUUGUGUUAGUCAACGGAAGAAUUGGGCGGUUAAACUGACGCUGAGCACAAUAAACAAAAUCAUGGACACAACCAUGAAGAAAGAUCCAGAUGAAACGUCGCCGUUAAUAAAAUAUGAAAUAGGCAAUGAACAAUAUGAGCCUGAAGUGCAGGUGGCGUCCGAGAAAAACCCACCAUCGGGAUCCUUCCAGAAGUCAUCACCGCUUCAACCGCGCGUGACAAGACGUCACUGUCUCGUGUGGCCGGUGGCUUUUUUGUUUAUAAGCGCGUAUUCCAUGUCAUUCUUCACGUUUUCUCAGUACGUGUAUAUCAAACUUCAGAAUGAAAACUUUCCGGGAAUAAAAGUAAACACAACGACCUCAUACUGCGACGUUAAUGAAAGUUCCACUAACUUCAAAAUUCAACAGGACGUUCAACAAAAGGCAGCGAAGUGGGGUAUAUACUUGUAUCUUGCUGGAGGUUUAACUUCCAUCAUUGCAAACUUUGUUUUGGGUACAUGCACUGAUCGCCUUGGGCGGAAAUUUUUAUUCGUUGUUCCAUUUUUCGGAACGAUGAUUCGGACAGCCUACGCAAUAGUGGGAAUAAAGUACGACUUUCCGCUGUGGUUGUAUGUGCCUGGUUACUUUAUUGAAGGAUGCACAGGGCAAAUGUUCACUAUAAUACAGAUCUCGUAUAUUUAUGUUUCUGACAUUACUACUCCAGGCAAACAGCGCUCCCUUGGAAUAGUAAUCGUUGAACUAGCUCUCGGACUGGCAGGCACGUUCCCUCCUCUAGUUUGCGGCUACAUCUUGAAGGUUACAGACUCUUUUCUACUUCCGUUUUAUAUAUCGUUGGGAAUUCUAGGAUUUGCACUCCUUCUUGUGAUAGCUUUACCAGAAACGUAUCCAAAGGAGGUACGAUCGCAGCGAACGUAUUCUUCAAGACUUGAGAACCUUAAAGAUUCAUAUGACUUAUUUGUAAGCAAAGAGAACUCUGGAAAACGUUGGAUGUACAUCAUCACUUUGGCAGUUUUCUCCCUGACUACGUAUGACGUAUUUGGAAGAGUCGCAGUUGAAGGCCUGUACCUUCUGAACUACCCGUUCUGCUGGGGUCCCAGCCAGCUCGGGGUGUUCACCGCACUGAGAACUGGUUGCCAACAGAUCGUUGGAAUGGCCAUGAUUAAGGUGCUCCACCUCUGUUUUAACGAUGAACUCAUUGCCGUGAUCGGCUGUCUCUCGUACGGAGCCUCCUUUGUGCUUCAGGCCUUUGCAACAAAUGAUCUCAUGAUGUACCUUGUGGCGGUGAUUGGUGUAUGCGGGUUGCUCACCAUCCCGAUGAUCCGCUCCAUAAUGUCCCAGAUGACGUCCCCGCAUAAACAAGGAGCUGUGUACGGAGCUAUCGGCGCUGCAGAGACCUUCGUGAACUUACUGGGGGCCGUGACGUCACAGUCCGUGUAUAUCGCCACUAUCAAGGUCAUGCGAGGAUUCACAUUUCUCGUCUUUGCAGCCUUUAACGUCAUCAGCCUGCUCCUUAUGAUAGUGUUUGUGAUCGGGAGCCGAGGUUCGAAACUUAAGUACCACCAAUCUAGCGAUUGACUCUAAACUAAAAAGACGUAUGUUUGGUAUCAGUAAAAGGCAAACUUAAUCACUUUUAUGACUACAAUGUUUCGUCGAUAUAACAUUAUACGAUUAGACAGUUUUAAUGAAUAAAGGAUUAUUGAGUCAACUAUUUUACUUUAGUUGUUCAUGAAGUGAGAUAUAGUGCAGUCUUACACUGAAACAGACACUUUUAUGUUUAAAAUAUGCCUAUAGAGUAUAUAAAAUGAUAUUUAAUUGUAGUUUCUCAGAAAAGCGCGCCAAAUUUCAUGCAAACAAAAUGCCAUUUCGAAAAUGACGUCUUUGAAAUUUUAUCCCAGCCCAGCGCACGCUGACGUUUGACGGAGUUGAGAGCUGGCUAAAAUUUCAAUUUUGUGAUUUUUGUUUUGCUCACCGUUUGAAAAUAUCAUUUUGAUAGUUUUUCGCAUAAAUAUUUACAUUAAAGCUCGUCUAGUGUAUUUGCAUUUCCAAAAAAUCCUUUUCAUGAAGUUGUAUCAUUUCAUCAGUACUCUAACACAUUCAAAUUAUGUAUGCCCCUAUUUCGACAACAAAAGUCAUUUCGCAUUAUAUAUAUAUGUGGGGUAAUUUAAUUUUAUUUAAUACCAACAUCUUUUCAAAGUUGAAGGAUAGUAGGUUUUGCAAAAUUAUUCGAUUGCUGUCU